GUUUUCUGGAGCUGCAGGCACAAAACUAAGGCGUUUUUACAAUGAAAGACAGAAAACUUUCUCUGAGGCAUAUUUCAGGUAACUGGUUAAUUAGGUAUUACGGUCAUAGGGCUGAAAAGCGUGUGUAGAACAGGGAAGUGGAACACGGAGAGGAGGAGGGCGGGGUGGGGAGGGGAAAUAACCACGUCAGAGGCCGUUUUGGGUCAGUUUGGUAAAAUCUUUGAAUCCUGAACAGCCUGACACAAAUGUAGGUGUAGCUAACGAGCCUCCCCACUUGACCUGUGGGGAGGUUACAGACUGAGACAGCGAAAGUUUCGUGUUUCCACCUAUGACACUUGACACACACAUAAAGAACCAGCUGGUGACUCGUAACACUGACUUUCCACUCGAACUUUGUGGGGUCCUAGUGAUCCUCCCCGCUCCGGAGUGAGGCGGGGGGGGGGGGGGGUCCAGAGCAUCCACCAGGUCCCGGCCGGGGAGGGCGAUGCGGGAGCCGUCGGGGACUCUCGGCAGAGAGGACAGAGGUUGACACUUGGCAGAGAUUACCCCUGGCUGGGGACGGGCUGCGGGACCUGCUCUGCCCGUGCGGGAGUCCUGCCGAUCGCGAUGGAGCAUUCGGGGACCGCCGAGCAGGAAUGAGCAGCUCCGGCUGCGCUGCCGGCUCCACCUCGGGGCAUCCUCCCGGGGCAUCCUCCUGGGGCUCGGGUAACUCGCCUUUUGCUACUGAACCUGUUUUCACUGGGCCAGUCCCCUCCCCCGGUUUUCGGUGACCCCCCCCCUGCGGCCAUCUCCCCUUCCCCUCCUUUAAGCAUCCCUGGGCUGGCGGAGUCACAUGUUUGGUCUUUGAUGCCUUUAAUCCCACCCUCACCGCCCGAGAGGGAGGAGAGAAAUUCGCGGAAGAGAAGUGAGCUACAAGCCGAGUGCCAAGAUAGCGGCGGGAGCGGAGCUGAGAGCGGGAGGGAGGCGGGAGCGGCGGUGCCGGGCUGCCUCGCGGAUUGGAAAGGGAAACAGAUGAAAAUUACAGUACCAACAGCUUCUGAAAACAGAGGGGCUUCUGUGAAGUCAGAACCAUCCUAAUGGAUAGAAAACAGCCUGAACAGAAACUCUGGAUUCAAAUUCUGCAGAUAAGAUCAAACUUCACCUCUGCAGAAGUAAGAAAUUUUUUAUCUAUAUCAGAAUUCUCAGGUUCCCAGUCUUACAAACAGAAGGUGGGAAGGAGGCUUGGACAACUUGUGCAGGUUUGGCAGCCACUGCCCCAGUGAUACCUUGCAAUCCAGGGAGGAAGACGCACUGGAAGUGAAGGAUUGAGGGAUGAACAGCACAGGAGUGCCCUCCUUCUGCAGCAGUUAUGUUACACCAAGCCUGGCAGCUCUGUGGGAGGUGGUGCCGCUGGUCCAGUCCUGUUGUCCAUCUUCUCAUGCUGACUGUGGUGACAUUCGGAGUGGUUGCCCCUUUGAUUUGCCACCGGCUCCUCCACUCCUAUUUCUAUUUGCGGCGCUGGCACCUGAACCCCAUGAGCCAGGAGUUCCUGGAGCACAACCAGCAGGAGGGACAGGAUGCCCUCCAUUACUUUGAGAAGAUGCAGGUACCAAAUGCCUCCGAGGCCUCUGGCAGCGAUGCCUUCCAGCCCUUGCUGCUGAUCACCAUUAUCACUGUGCAGAGGCGGUAUGAUUUCCACUAUGUCCUGCAAGUGGCCUCCCGCUUCCACCACCUCCUCCAGGAAUGUGGUGCACGCUGCCGGAGCCACCGCGUGCUCCUCUGCAACGUGGAGUCAGACCCCAGUAGCCAUCAGGAUGUCAAGCUGCUGAGCAGCUUCUUUCCUAUGGUCAGUCGUGACAGAACUGGAGAGAACCCUGACCCCAGGCUGAACCAGUUCGAAAAGGAGAAGCAGGACUAUGUCUUCUGCCUUGAGCAGUCCCUGUUAUCAUACAACCCACAGUACAUCCUUGUAGUGGAAGAUGAUGCUGUGCCAGAGAAGGAGAUAUUCUCUGUCUUGCAGCACCUCUUCUUGGCCCGGUUCUCCAAGCCGUACCUCAGAGAUGCUCUCUACUUCAAGCUUUACCAUCCUGAGCGGCUCCAGCGCUACUUCAACCCUGAGCCCAUGAGGAUCCUGGAGUGGCUUGGCCUGGGCAUGUUGCUGGGGCCGGUGCUGAGCUGUGUGUACUCGUGGGCGCUGGGGCGGCCCGGCCCCAGCUGGCUGCUCGCACUGUUCUUUGCUCUGUACAGCAUGGCCCUGUCGGAGCUGGUGGGGCGGCACUACCUGCUGGAGCUGCGCCGCCUGCACCCUGCACUCUACAACGUGGUGCCAGUCACCGAGUGCUGCACCCCAGCUAUGCUCUUCCCUGCUUCCUCAGCCCGGCGUGCCUUAGGUUACCUGCAGGAGCUGCACUGCCGGCAGGGAUUUGCUAAGGACACCGCCCUCUACUCCCUGCUGUGGGCCAAGGGGGAGAACGCCUAUGUGGUGGAACCCAACCUGGUCCGGCAUGUGGGAAUGUAUUCCAGCCUACGACUGAACAGCAGCCCGAAGCUGCUGUGAUCAAUUCAUGCCUUUCCAGACACAAAAGCCAGGGAACUUGCCACUGGACAGAAGGGGAAGUGUGCAAACUUGGAUAUGGUGCUGCUUGCAGUGGGCUUCCUGUGCCUCCAAAUGGACAAAGAAUAAUUCACUUAAAA